AUGGCCGUACAAACUGUUGCAUUGAUCAUUGCUCUGCUGGUCAUAUUGCCGGCGUAUGUCAUCUACAAGCCGCCGAAGCUCGUGAUCAAUUACUUUCAAAAUCGCUUUCCAAGCGUGCUCUUCCACAUCGAGACGAGCAAGAAGCUGGUUGCAUUGACCAUCGAUGAUGCACCUACCCAGUAUACCAAGCAAUUGCUGGAGGUUCUCCAAGCCAAUGGCGCUCACGCCACGUUCUUCAUCAUCGGAGGACAAGUAACUGGUCGCGAAGACAUCGUCGACGAGAUAGUACGCCAAGGCCACGAGUUAGGCAACCAUGCGAUGCACGACGAACCAAGCAUCAACGUUUCGAGCGGCACUCUGGGUGAGGAGAUUCAGCACGUGGACGGACUCAUAAGUCAAGCCUACAAGACCACGGGAAUGGCACGUGAAGGCCGCUAUUUCCGCCCCGGUUCCGGCAUCUUUAGCCAGCGUGUACUCAAUGUCGCGGCGAAACUCGGCUACAAGACCAUCUUGGGCAGCAUCUACCCGCAUGACCCGUUCAUCAAGUACUGGCGUGUCAACGCUUGGCAUAUCCUGAGCAUGCUACGACCGGGAGCCGUGAUCAUCUGUCAUGAUCGCCGGAGCUGGACGCUCCCGAUGCUGCAGAAGGUUCUACCCGAGAUUAGGCGGAGAGGGUACGAGAUCGUUACGGUGUCGCGCUUACUCGAGGAGAACGGAACGUGA